CACAGUGUGUAUACACAGUACACUUGAGUAUUGUUAUGUAGUUGAAAAACGCGUAGUUAAAAUUUUCUUCUUUCCCUAGCCACUAUAUCAAUCUUUCUCCCUUUAUUGUUCCUCUCACAACUAAAACUAAAAAAAACCUUCAAGUUCUAUCCGAGUCAACUCAUUGUGAAACUAAAUGAACUCGGACACGCUUCCCUCUUCCACGGCGUCGUUUUGGUGCUAUAGUUGCACACGUUUCGUUCACCUUUUGGAUCAUAACGACGUCGUUUGUCCGCACUGUACAAGCGGUUUUGUGGAAGAGAUUCACGCUGGUAACUCUCCGGCAGUUUCCUUAUUUGCCGACGGAAUUCAUUCUUCGAGGAGACAAAACUCCCGCCGGAGACGUCGCAACGCUGGCAAUAGAUCGCCUUUUAAUCCUGUAAUCGUGCUUCGCGGACCUAGGGAGGACGGCGGCGGUGGCGGUGAAAGCGAGGGGAGUAGCUUUGAAUUGUAUUAUGAAGACGGCAACGGUGCCGAUCUACGUCCGCUUCCGCCUAAUAUGUCCGAACUAUUGCUUGGUUCCGGCUUCGAUCGGUUGCUUGAGCAAUUCUCUCAGAUCGAAAUCAACGGUUUCGGUAGGGCGGAGAAUCCGCCGGCGUCAAAGGCGGCGAUAGAGUCAAUACCAACGGUUGAUAUCACCGACGCAGAGGUAGAAGAAGAAACGCACUGUGCGGUUUGCAAGGAAGCAUUCGAGCUUGGUUCAGAGGCGCGUAAGAUGCCGUGCAAGCACCUUUACCAUUCUGAUUGCAUUCUCCCAUGGCUGUCUAUGCGAAAUUCGUGCCCGGUCUGCCGCCACGAGUUACCUUCCGAUCAAAGCCAAAAUCCCUCGGAGACUAGAUUAUCUGGUCAGACUGACGAAGAAGCGGUUGGAUUGACGAUAUGGAGAUUACCUGGAGGCGGAUUCGCCGUCGGGAGAUUCACCGGUGGUCGGAGAGCCGGUGAGAUUCAGUUACCGGUUGUUUACACAGAGAUGGACGGCGGUAAUAACUCUAACGAAGAUUCUAGAAGCAUCUCUUUGGCAGUGGGAAGCAAUAGAGUUAGAGAGAGACGUGGAAUUCGCAGAAUUUUUCGAAAUUUUCUAUCCUUUUUUGGUUCCGUUAAUUUAAACCGUAGCUUUUCUGGUUCUGGUUCAUUGUUUAGUAGAAGUUCACGGAGAAGAAGCAGAACUUGGGUCACGGAAUAAUUAUUUGGAAAGCAAUUAAAUUAAAUUCUUCAUUUCAGUUUAAGAAUUUUAGUGUAAAAUUAAUCAAUGAUUUAGUUGAUUCGUUUAAUAUUCUUUUUACUACAUUCUUCUUAAGAAAGAAUUCCCUUAGGAUUGCUAAUGCAAUAUUAUCCAAUUUGCAAUGCAAGUUAAUGAUUUUUAAUGGUUUUUUCAUUUUA